AUGGCACCUCUCAAAAACGUCGUAGUUGUCGGGGCUUCCAAAUCCGGCGGUUUUGUCCACCUGGGAUCAUACAUUGUCGAGGCUUUGAAAGCCGACCCCGAAUUCACCGUGACGGUCGUGUCGCGCAAGUCGACGCCGUCGAGUGCACACCCCGACGGUGUCCGCGUCGUCCAGGUCGACGAUGGCUACCCGCCCGAGGAGCUGGAGCGGGCGUUUGCCGGCCAGGAUGCCGUCGUCAUGGCCACCAGCUUUCAGGUCUUUGGCCAGGAGGGCAAGUUUGUCGAGGCCGCCAUCAAGGCCGGCGUGAAGCGCUUUAUCCCUUCCGAGUAUGCCGGUGACACGGCAAAUGCAAAGACCGUGUCCAUCUUUCCCUUGAUUGGUCUCCGGGCCCAGCAUAUUGAGGAUCUAAAGACCAAGGAGAGUACUGGCCUAACAUGGACGGCUAUCUGCACAGGUCUCUUUGUUGAUGUCGCCCUACAAAGCGGAUUCUUAGGAUUCGACCUAAAAGGACAAAAGGCGACCGUCUGGGAUGACGGCAAGUACAAGUUCUCAGGCACCACGCGGGAAAAUGUGGCCAGGGCCGUUCUGGGCGUACUGAAGAAUCCCGAAAUCACGGCAAACCAGCACGUCUACGUCUCGUCCUUUGAGGCGUCGCUCAACGACUUGGUGGCCACGGCCGAGAAAAUCCAGGACAGCCGUUACUCGAUCCUGCAUACAUCGACGGAGACCGAGGCCGAGGCGGCCCGGAAUGCGCUGGCCAGUGGCAACUUUAUGGCGGCUUCCAAGCUGCUGUUGGUGGCGACGCUGAAUCCGGGCUAUGGAAGCAAUUUUGCCGAGGAGGGUCAUUUGUGGAAUGACAAACUUGGCGUGCCACGCGAGAACUUGACGGAUGUUGUUGCAAGAGUGAUUCAGAGUUAA